CCCUAGAAUAAGACCAUGCCAUUUUCUAUUUGUGGAUGUCAUAAUAAUAUGAAGAGAGUAAGGGACAACCUUCACAGCAGAUAUAGGCAACAACGGCAUUUCCAAAAACAGUUGAUGUCAAGCAGCUGUUCAUAAAUUUAUAUAGCUUUUUUAUGUAACCCUAGGGACUUCAGGCUCCACAGCCAUGGAAGAAAGUUUGAACAAGUAAGAAUGAGGGUAACAUUCAGUUCUUAAAAUUAGAACUAGGAUUAACACAGCAUUAACUUAGGAUCUAUUCAGACUUCCAAAUUAUCACCUACCUAAAUAAUUAUGACAAGAAAGAUGGUGGUCAAUUGGUUGAGACCACCUGCGACCUUAAGGUCCGAGGUUCGAAUCCUACACAUGAGUUUGAAUACCAAUCUGUUUUAUGUAUAGUAGUUGCUUCUGGUGAAGGAACACGUCGUGAGGAAUCCUAACAAUCUUUGACAGUUUAAAUUCACUAGUGAAUGUGUAUGCAACUACUUGUCAUUAGAAGCGGUAGGUAGUCAUAACAAGUCGUGUUAGAUGCCUUUAGGCGACUUGGAGUGUUAGCAAUUGACAUACAAAGAAAAAGACUGCACGCUCAGCCGCCGGGCCCUUAACAUAGAAUCAAUCAUCAGUUUGAAUCAAUUUCUUGUAUAUAUAAUUUUCACUGUAACUGGUGAAUUACUUGAUAAAGCCAACUUCAAAAGUAAGUGUUCAUUGUUUCUUAAAAUUAGAACACAGUUACACACUUUGUAAUCUGUUAAACAAUGUACAUUGUUCAGAAAAUGCGGGCAUUGUACGUGUGCUACAACGUUAUCAACGAAACAUGGCCGAAAUAGGAACUAUACUGUCGCCUUAUAGAGAUUUAAGUACAGUAGCGCCCUUUACGUCGUACCUAAUUAUGUUGUACUGUAACAUACGCACCGGUUGAAUUUUUUUUAAUACUAUUUUGUGAGCCCUUUUGUAAUUUCUUAUCGGAAGUGGGUCGUAAAGGAUAGUGUAGCGCAAACAUCGAUAGUUCGACUAUCGAUAGAUGACUUAAAAAUCACCUCUGCCAUAUCCAGGUUUAUCAUUUCCUGGACAUGUCUUGGGCCAGGAAUAAAACAGUUGGCUAUUAUGCUAAUUAGAAUAGAAUAAAUUAAAUAUAAAUAAAUAAAUAUAUUAGGACAAAUCAGAUUGAGUCAAAGUAAGUUCGGAGACUUGUGUUAUGGGAUACUAACUCACCGAUACUAUAUUUUAUAACAUAUACAUAUAUAGAUAAACAUCUAAGACCCGGGCCAAUCAGAAAAAGAUCAUUUUCCAUCAUUACCCGACCGGGGAUCGAACCCGGGACUGUACCACUGCGCCAUUGAAGUCGUCAAAAUUAGAAAAUACUUUAUUCACCACUAAGUUAUAAACAUAAUAAAAAAUUAGACUGUUUAAAAAUAAUUUUGUGACCACAUAGAAAACUGUAAUACUUUCUAAUACUUAGUGUGGCAUAAACCGUUCACAAAAAAAUGAAUGAAAUUUAUGAACACACAACCGGUACAAAUAGGAGCUUUGUACUGGUAAAUUUCUUUCAUUUUUUUGUGAACGGUUUUCUGUGGGAAUGUGUGAAUUAUUUUAUUCCUAAAAAAAUUAAAACUAAGCUGAAAUAUGCUUUGUCACUAUCGUACUUUAUAAUAUUAGAAAUUGACAGAAAGAGACAAAACGUCUUUUAGGUUAGAGUAUGUUUUACUUUUACGAGUAUAUGAAUGACAGGGUAAGCCCACUGCCAACUUCCAAACAAUAAACUAUCGAUAUUUGCUUCUCCAACUAUCGAUAGUUCAUAGAAUAUUCGAUAAUCGACAACACUAAUUGUAGGAAUGAAAGUGAGUAGACAUUAUUAGUGUUUUAUCCGAAUUAAGAGUGACUUGACCUAAGAAUAGUUGAGAAGAAGACUUACAAUGGAACCUACAUCAAGCGGUGACAUAACAUCGACAACUGAUUUCUUGAUGCCUGGCGAGGUUGCCAUUGCGCAGAAGAGGGCUAUACAAGAUGGAGAGCCACCUGCAAAGAGGUCGGCUCCCACGAUACGGCUCGGCGCUGGCUUCAAGUGGAAUCUACAGGCGUUGGCGAACGCGGCAGACGCUGUGGAAUCCGGCGGGAAAUCCCCCGUUUCGGCCCUCAACGAGCUGGGCGUCAAGGUUACUUACACAGUGCUCAGGCAAGGGGGACCCGCUCACUGUCCCUGCUUCAAUGUCGCCGUCACCGUAGCAGAUAUGACUUUUGAAGGCGUCGGCCACAGCAAGCGGGAGGCCCGAGCUUCGGCCGCUAGGGCUUGCCUCGCGGCUCUCCUCACGCACGCCGGCAGAGUACUUUCCAGCAACAAGCCGCAGGAUUUCACUUGUGACGAACCUCAGUCUAAAGUGUCCGAGUUUCAAUGUGUACAGUCGCUGGGAAAAACCGCGCUUCCAUCUACAGUCACCUCCAAAACGGACAGCCCAGCGUCCACGCCGCCAGUUUCAGGCUCGUCCCCCUCCACAGCGCUGUUUGGGUCGACAGCGGCGCCAUCUAUACACAAGAGUCCGAUUAACUUGCUGUACGAGAAUUAUCCUGGACUGACGUUCGUGUGUACAUUUGGCGAUGGAUCGUCGCUCGACGUUGCUCAACCUCCCGUUCAACUAAGUCACAGCAUGAGAUUCAAAGUGGUGUGCCAGAUUAAGGACCAAAAGUUUGAAGGUUACGGCUCCAGUAAGAAGCUGGCCAAACUGGCGGCGGCGCGUUCGGCGCUCGCCGUCCUGGAGGACACUAAAGUGGACUGCGUGGAGUCCAUGCCUUCUGGUCUCGCGCAGAAUUUGGCCGACUGCAUCGCUAAGUUGGUCAAUGAAAAGUUCAACGACCUUAUGAAGGGUGACCUGGUUCAUUCGAAGAGGAAAGUCUUGGCCGGCAUAGUGUUGACGACAAACAACAGUCCAGAUAAUGCUAAGGUGAUAGCGGUGACCACGGGCACGAAGUGUGUGUCCGGGGAACAUAUGUCUGUGCGGGGGCGGGCGCUCAACGACUGCCAUGCUGAGGUGGCAGCCAGAAGGUGUUUACAACGAUACCUAUACUCACAGCUGAUGAUGUAUGCAUCGGCCGCAGACCCUCGCGUAUCGAUUCCCGAGUCGGACGUGGAGCCUUUACCCGGCGGCGGCUACCAGCUGAAGCCGGAGCGGCAGCUGCACCUGUACGUCAGCACGGCGCCGUGCGGCGACGGCCGGAUCUUUAGCCCGCACGAGAAGUACGAGCCGGAACCAGACCGACAUCCGAACAGACUGGCUCGAGGUCAACUCCGAACCAAAAUAGAGUCGGGCGAGGGAACGAUUCCAGUGAAGAAUUGCAACAACAUUGUGCAGACCUGGGAUGGGGUUAUGCAAGGCGAGCGCCUCCUGACGAUGUCGUGUUCAGACAAAGUGGCCCGCUGGAUGGUGUCCGGAGCUCAAGGAGCUCUAUUGUCAACUUUAAUGAAGCCGGUGUACCUCAAUUCGCUAGUGCUCGGCUCCUUGCUUCACCCGCACCACAUGUCCAGAGCGAUAUGCGGCCGCAUCGAACCGUACAUAUCGGCGUUGCCGCCGCCGUUCCGCCUCCAUCGGCCGCUGCUGGCGCGCGCCGCCAGCACGGAGGCCAGGACGCCUGCGCGUGCGCCGUCCUUCAGCGUCUGCUGGUGCGCCACCACGCCGAUACCGGAAAUAGUGAACGCCACGACGGGCAAGCUGGAGAGUGGACAGCCGUCGUUGCUGUGCAAGCAGAGCAUGUUCGCGCGCUGGCAGUACCUGGCCCGCCGGCUACCGCUGUUACCGCAGGAACUGGAGCCGAAUUCCUCUCAAACAUUGCCGUCCGAUUUUGAUCACCUGCAGUAUAACGAGGCCAAGCAACUCGCGCCCGCUUAUCAAGCAGCGAAAGAUCGUCUGAUCGAGGCGUUCGAGAAAGCGAAGCUUGGCCGCUGGAUCAAGAAGCCUCUGGAGCAGGAUCAGUUUUUAUGCGAGAUUCUUGAUGCGGACCCUCAGCUUCUGUUCGCCUAGGCGGGUCCCGCGCUACAAGGGUAUAGCGAGCUGCAGCCCAUUGCCGGGGGGGAUGGCGGAGACGAUAGGGCUUGUCUUACAGCGGGGGGCAAUAGCGUAGAUAAUAGUAUGAUACAUACAGCGGGGGGCAAUAGCGUAGAUAAUAGUAUGAUACAUACAGCGGGGGGCAAUAGCGUAGAUAAUAGGAUGAUACAUACAGCGGGGGGCAAUAGCGUAGAUAAUAGGAUGAUACAUACAGCGGGGGGCAAUAGCGUAGAUAAAAAGAUGAGGCAUACAGUCGGGGGGGAUAGUGUCGAAAGUAAGGUGAGACAUACAGUGAAGAGCAAUGGCGUGAAAAACUCUAUGGGUUGUAAUGUGGAGAAAAAUUGCGUUGGAAAUAGGGAUUGUCCUAAUAAUUAUAGAAUGGCAUUUAUGAGAAGACAUAGUGUGGAAAAUAUGAUGGAUGAUGAUGAAGGAAAGGAUGGAUGUGAUGGCACAGAUAAAAUAGGAUGGAUUGAAUUAAAUGACAGUAUAAAUGAGGUUAUCUAUGAUGAAAAUGAGGUGGCUGCUGGAAAUAGGAUGGAUUAUCUUAAAAAUGUUAAUAUUGGCAGUAUUAGUGAGAUUGGUAGAGUAGGACAUGUUAAAUUUAAGGAUAGUUUUAGAGACGUAGGAUUAAGCGAACAUGUUGCCUAUAAUAGUAAUAAAAUAGAGUUAAGUAAUAAUUUUAAUUUCAAUAAUGAUGAUAAAUUGGUUGAUAGAUAUAAAAGUAAUAGCAAUGCUAGUGUUUUUCUAGAUAAUGUUGGAGUAGGCACAGAAAAAUCUAUAAUUUUUGAUAAUUUUCAUACCAGUAUUAUAGGAGAUACAGAUAAAGCUGAGAUACCUUUUAAUUUGAGCGUAAAACGUAAACAUGUCAGGAGACAUUCGGACGUCAAUGAAUGUGCAUCCAAAGAUAAUUUAAAUGCCGCAUAUCUUAAAUAUAUAACUGAUUCAAAUAAAAUAGGUGCGAACAAUGAUGCUGUAUCUAAAUUUAAAGAAAAGGGAUACGAAAGACAGAGUACCAUUCAAGAGGUCAUAAAUUCAAAAUCUAAAAAUACUAAAGAUUAUUAUGUCAACGCUCAACAUACACAUAAUUACAAUGAAAAGAAAUAUGAAAGACGCAGAUCUAUACAAGAAAUUAUAAAUUUUAAACGUAGACACGUCAGAAGAUCCAACAGUGACAAUUUUAACCAUGUCGAUUUUAAUUGUGACGCUCAAUACGAUUAUGAUAUCGAUAAAGAUUUCGAUUCUUAUCUAGCGUCUAAACAAUAUGUUUCAGAUAGUUUUCAACCGGAGAAAUGUACUUUACUUAGGAAAAUUAAAAGCGCACAUUCACAUUUAAACAAUUAUUCCAAAGACAAAAUUAGUGAUGUAAGUUUAGAUAUCGACAAUAUCGCGUUAAAAACGAAAAACCUUUUUAUAGAUAACGAAAAUUUAGAAUUUGAGUCGAAUAGUUUAGUAACAUUUAGAGACAGAAUCACUAAAUGUAGAAAUAAAAUUGGUGAUAUAAAAAACGUCGAAUACGGUAGAGAUUUUUCUAUUCCCAGUUCGUCGGAUGAUUGUAAAAAUGAUUUCGAAUUACAUAAUCAAGAAGAAAAUACCAAAGAAAACAAACAAGAUCAUGCUGAUUCGAAAGAUAUUAAAACAUUAUCAAUUGGACAAGAAAGUCGAAAAAUCCAGAGCAAAUUGCUCAUGAAGAAGUUGGUUAUGUUAAAACAAACAAAUAUAGAAAAUACUUAAUUUCUGGCCCUACAAAAUUAUACCCGUUGCAGGCAAUCUGGGCACAAUUACUGCGGCGCCUCCUAUCUGUGAUUGUAGGCAUCGCUAAUCUGCGUCGCCCCUUCGUAACGAGCACCCUGGGCAGUCGCCCAAUCUAUUCUAAUCCUUAUACUUACAUAAUUAUAAAACGAAGUCUUCUGCCGCGUCUUGUCUGUUCACGUUAAAAUUAAAAACGACUGCACAGAUUUUCACUCGGUUUUCACCGAGAGAUAGAUUAAUAUAAAAAUAAUAAUUAUUACAUUUUUACCGGAGCGAAGCCGGGACGGGCUGUUAGUUUAGCUUUCUUCUAAACCACGCAAGGGAUUUUGGUGUAGUUUUCACUAAUUUUUAAGCUUAUAAAUAUUUUGCAGCCAUCUGGUUAAAUCGGCCAUUUAAUUAAAAGGCUAGCUAAAUCACGUACAGACAAGUCGGUGAAUGUUUCAUUGAACAACUUCACAGAUGCCUUUCAAUUGAACGCCGGCUUUUAAUUAAUCUGCUAGCUUUCCAAUUUAAGGCUGAUUUAACCAGAUGGCUACGAUAUAUACACACGAUUGACCCCGUGCGAAGCCGGGUCAUAUCGCUAGUGUUUUUUUAAACCCAUCGUCGUCGCCAUUGCCCUUGCUGCAGCACGCUAUACUGUAGGACGAGACCAAUCUUAGUGACAGAUCAAUAUAUUCUUAUAGUCUAUAAGCGAAAUACAUAAAUCCCACCUUUUGUAUAUAAAACUAGCGUUGCCGCUCGAUAGUCUAUCGAUAGCGAUUCGAUAGACUAUCGAUAGUUUGGGAAAAAGCAAUAGUAUCGAUAGAAUCUAUACUAUCGAUAAAGAACAAUUCUCCGUGAUGUCGAUUAGACUAUCGAUAGUAUUGCUCUGCAAUAUUAGGAUGGUUCUCGGAGCGUUUCGACCGCUGCGGCCGCGCUGUCAUUGCAAUCCGUCAAUUUUCUCGACGAAGGAAUCAUUUCUAAAUUCAAUCAUUCAUACAAUUGACAUUACCACAGUACAGAUUAAUUAUUUAAAGUCAGAUGUAAAACUAAUUCUUGUUUUUGUUAAAAUUUGUAGAAAAUUAUAAUGACAGCGCGGCCGCAGCGGUAGAAACGGUCUGAGAACCAUUGUCACUAUAUGUUGUGCAUCGAUACAAUCGAUAGUUUAUUUCAUAUUGCAGAUCACUUUUGUUCCUCAUUUAUAUAAAUGAUAUUCCAAAAUUGGGUCUUCAUGGUCAUGUAACCUUGUAUGCGGACGAUACAUGUCUAUUUUAUAUAGGUAACAGUUUAAAUGAAACUACAACACAAGCUCAACAGGAUCUUGAUAAGUUGUUCGAAUGGUUUCAGUUCAAUUUAUUAACCAUCAAUAUUUCUAAAACAAGUUAUAUUAUAUUCAAGACAAAAAAUAAAACAAUCCCCCCCCAUAACUCUCUAAAAAUUAAUGAUACAUUUAUUGAACAGAAAGCUCACGAGAAAUAUCUUGGCCUUAGACUUGAUAAUCAUUUAAGAUGGGAUAAACAAAUUUCAUACAUAAAAAAUAAGUUAGCUUCACUUACAGGGUCACUCCGUAGUAUAAAUGAAUGUGUUCCUAGAAAACUCAAGUACAAUAUAUACAACUCGCUCGUAAAGUCCCAUUUGUUAUAUUUAAUAGAAAUAUGGGGUACUGCCGCCAAGACCGGAUUACAAGAACUACAAAGAGCCCAAAACAAAGUAAUAAAAGCACUAUUCUGCUAUCCCUACUCAACAUCCACCACAAAGAUUUUUAAAGAAACAAAAUUAAUGAACAUUCAACAACUUUAUCGUUAUAAUACUUGCAUUCUAAUUAGGAAGAUACUAAAUAAAAACAUGCACACUAGUUUAUCGUUUACCCAAAAAUCACAACUUACUAAACGCAAAUUACGUAGACCAAGUUUACUUGUAUUACCAAAGAUACGUACCAAGUUGGCGAAAAAAAGCAUCACUUUUGAAGGAGCACUCUUGUACAACAAAUUACCCUCUAAUAUAAAAAACGCGGAGUCCUUUCAAUGUUUCAAAUCACAGCUACACGAUUAUAUUAUUCAAAUAUAACUGUUGCUAUUUAUCCUGAAUAAAAUAAAUGUAUAUCGUUGAUAAAUACUUGUAUAAUAAUAAACCUACAUUGACAUAAGGGAAUAAUAAGAUUUUCUGUACCUUUUGUUUGCCCAUUGUCUAAAAUGUUAAUGCGGUGACUGCAUCCUAGUUUAGUUUAAGUAUUGUUAAUUCUGUUCUCAU